AUGAACGAUAAUAUUACAACUUAUAAUAGUACACGAACAGUCCCCUCUUCUCAAAGAUCAAAUAAUACUGAUGUUAUUAGGAUUGAUUUGAAAAAAAUUGACAUUCGGCCUACUGGGGCACAACUUACUACUUAUACAGAUCUUAAACUUGCUGUAUGGUUUCGAUUAAAUACUCGUGACAUCUGUUUGUGUUUGAAUGAAAUGAAGGAUAAAGUUGCUAUCCCUCUUAAUCAGAUGGUUGGUUUCAGAGUUGCAGAGUACAAAGAAAUUGAAGUACAACUUUUAAAUAAUUUCAAAAGAUCGUAUUAUCAUAAUAAUAUUGAAGUAAAAGGCGAUCCAACCAAUGGUUUAUUAGAGGGUGCAACUUCGUUAACUUUCACAACUCUUCCAUCCGUUAUGCUAAACACAUUGGUAGCGGUGGAAUCUGCAAUUAUAAAAUAUAAAACUGAAUGCCAAAAUAAUUCUCUGAUCAAUAAUUCUCAGGUCAACAAUUCUCAGAUGUAUGUGACUUGGGUUCUAUUUGUUGAACGAGGUGCUGUGGUCGUACCAUGCGACAUUUCUCUCAGUACUUUACUAAACCAUAUCGGAAAUAAGUUUAAUCUUCAAUUGAACAGUGAGCGCAUUUCAUAUAAAAAUGGGGUUGGAGAAAUGAUAGCGCUGAGAGAUGAAGAAGAUUGGAAGGUUGCAAAAUGGGAAGCGAAAUAUGAGAAAAGGCCUGGUGUAGAAGUACAUUUGGCGUAA